AUGAACGUACCUACGGCGCCAACUCCCAACAAACAUUUGAACAUACCUGAUUUGAGGUUCGAGAAAGUGUUCAAGAAAGCUUUACACAGGGAAUUGGCACCCUCAUCGUCUCUCUCACGGAAGGCGGGUGUGAUUACGAAAGUUGUGGUUCGCGAUGUCCUGCUCAUGCCCUUAUUGCAGAGCUUUGUUUUGUCACUCGCGCUCAUGGGUGUGAAGGAAUGGUUGUCUUACAUACGCUUGAAAGGACGAACCCUAGGUGACCGCAUUAGACAGAGACUUUUUCCGAUCUAA